AUGAGUUUGAACGGUACAUCCCAGACCCAAGCGGUCACUGUGAGUCUUCAGCAGCUGAUCGAUGGUGAGUCUAGUAUAAGGAAGAAAACUCUGUCAACACCCCAAAAGGAUGAGUAUCAUGAUGCUAACCAUGCCGCAGGAUCUGUCUCAUUUGACACCCUCACUGAAGCUUUUGGGCCGUCUUCUCUGGGAAUAAUCGUCGUCAGGGACCUUGAUGCGAAAUUCAAGCAGCUUCGCGCUCAGGUCCUCUCCAACGCUUCCUAUCUCGCCGCACUUCCCAAUGACGAGCUAGAAUCCCUCUCAAGCCCUGAAGCCAAAUACCUCGUCGGCUGGUCCUGCGGCAAAGAAACCCUCCGCUCCGGUCACUUCGACACCCUCAAAGGCUCUUACUAUGUCAACUGCGCCUUUUACCAGAACCCAGAGCUCCAAGGCGCUCCCGCUGACGGAUUCCCUGGAUUCUCUGAAUACACCGCAGACAACAUCUGGCCGUCACCAGAGCAUCUCCCGACUUUCCGGAAGAGUGUUGAGGAGCUAUGUUCGCUGAUUAUCGAUACCGCUGCUCUCGUGGCGAGAGCGUGUGAUCGUUAUGCGGUGGCCAACAUCGAUGACUAUAAACCGGGGUAUCUGGAGCAUGUCGUGACAACGAGUUUGACUACCAAAGCACGCUUACUACAUUACUUUCCUGCGCCGGAAACAGACCAAGGAAAGGAGGGUGAAGGUGACGACGACGACUGGUGCGCAACACACCUCGACCACGGCUGUCUCACUGGCCUCACAUCGGCCAUGUUCAUCGACGAAGCCGCAGCUCCCCCUUCCGCAGCAAAUACCGAUACCCAUACCCCCCUCCCGGAACUCCCUCAAUCCCCCGACCCCAAAGCGGGUCUGUAUAUACGAUCUCGAACAGGCGAUAUCGUCAAAGUCAACAUUCCUAAGGAUUGUCUCGCUUUUCAGACUGGUGAAGCGUUGCAACUCAUUACACGGGGUAAAUUCCGUGCCGUGCCACAUUUUGUCAAAGGGGCGAAGGUAUCCGGGGGUGCGAAAAUUGCGAGAAAUACACUUGCUGUCUUUACGCAGCCGAAUCUGGGAGAGGAGGUACAGAAGGGUACCACGUUUGCGGACUUUGCCAGGGGAGUUGUGGAGAGGACUUAUUGA